AAAAAAAAGAAAACAUCAAUCAAGAAAAAACAUGUACACAUAUAACUCAAUCUUAGACCUCAGACAGACCACAUUAUCUUCUUAUCUCUAAAGGUGAGAUCCUGUGACCUCUGAAACAGAGCAGAUAACAACCUCUUUGAGCUCUACGGUAUUUCAUUAAACGCUCAUAUCAGGAACUUAUAAUUCUUCUUUGCUAAUGGUCACCAAGGGAGAAAAGUUCAGAGCAAAGUUCUUGUCUGUUCAAGCCUUCAUGCCCAUUGCUACUGCAGGUGAAAUAAUUGCAGGUCUGAGGGGAGGUGAGGUCAUAGAAUCACAAACCCAUAUUUAGGCACUGACUGGCUCCCUAUACCCGACUUCCUGAUCUUUGUGGCCAUGGAGCUGUGAUCAGCAUUCUGGUAAGAGUAAGUGUACUGACAGUGUAACAGACUACAACCUGAGAGCAGAGAUAAAGAGAAAUUGUGGGGAGUUUGGUAAGUGAACAUAAAAGACAAUAGAACAGGGGGCUGAACCUGGAUGAAAGACAAAUUCACAAGAGAUACAGAGAGUCCUCAGGGAUGGAAUCAGGAAGAAAAGAACACUGGGUUCCUAGAAGCACUGAGUUAUACAUUGAACCUAACGUGUUCCUCAUUGUCAGUGCCUGAUGUGCUGUUUCCCACUAGAUAAGAAGACUGGCCCUAAUGGGGCCAUAAAAUGUCACUCUGAAGACAACUUUUUUCUUUAUGAGGAGAUUUCCCUAGGGCACCUGAUAAAUGGGGGUUUCUGUAGUCAGUGACAGUGCAGAGCUUUGUGGAAGUUUGUAAGUCUGUGUGUUUUAAUUGUCUGUGCACUUAUGCACAGUGGUAAAUGUGGAGAGUAAGGGGCAUGGUAAUGAACUCUGCAUGAAGAAAGUAUUUACAGGUUCUCUCAGUGAUUCCAACACUGUUCACUUGGAUGUGAACAGACUUUUCUAUGAAAUAUUUUGAAAUAUGUACUAUAAAAACAGAUUAGAAGUAAAUUCUCCUGGCAAUAAAUUGAAAAUAACAGCAACCUGUAAUCUCCUUUAAUAUGAAUAAUAAAAUUGCAGCCAUUCUAGGAAUAUAACAAGUAUUACUUCAUGCUUUUAAUAAAGAGUGGGAUCCUUCCUUCAAACAAUAUAGUCAUCUCUUCAAUUAGAUGAAAAUGAAGGUCUCCUUAACACAAGGAGUUUUCUUUGCCUCAGUGUGAGAGUGUAAUUAAUGGAAAUAGCAUUCAUGUCCAUUUGAAAAUACCUAUGUUAACUAAACCUCAAGUAUCAUACUUCCAUAGAAAUGGCAAGGGACAUUGAAAUGAAAGCAGUUAUAUAUUUAUUUCUUUCUGCCCUCAACUAUUAAGACUUAAUCUUGUUUUAACAAGUAUGAAAACAUUCUGAUCAAUUUUGGUACUAAAUUAUCAUGGCAUAUAAUAUUGUAAAAUGGGAAGUCUGACCAAAUAAAGGGGAUUUUUGGGAUACCAUGGCCUCUCUCCUAAAUUUAUCACUGUACAUAAAAUAUUUUACAUAUUAAUGUCUAUUAACAUUUUAAUAACAAUUCUAACUGUGUCAGUUUUUGAAAUUAUCACUUCUCAUAUUGACAUGUUGCAUAUAUAGCCUAUAAUUUACUAACUUCAACUCUAAGUACUCAAAAAUUUACUUCAUUCUGGUUUCAAUAUAGAUAUCAUUUAUGAACUUUAAUUAAUAUUUUUGCCAUCAUAAUCAGUUAUGCAUGGAUUGAUGCUUAUUUCCCCCAAGGGAACACAGCACAGGUCAUUAUUGAUCAGUUGUUACAAUGGGGUUAUUGCUAUGUUUCUAAAAUGAGCCACAGGUGGCUUCCUGUGCUCAAGCUGUCACUGAGGCAUUGUUGCCUCUUUCCACAUUUCCUGAGUGUGAACUAAAAGUAACUGAAUGCUUUGUACCUCUAUUCAAUCCUUUCCAUGUGUGUAAUUUAUGCCAUGGCAGUGACUGCCCUGUAGGUUGAAUAUUUCUUGUGGACUCAUUCUGGAUGGAGAAUGUCUUGUUUCCUGUAAUAGAGUACAUGUAGCCCCAGCCUCAUCUUCCCAUGCAGGAUCCUCAGACUGAGAAAAGGAACUGACACCAUGGCAGCCAGUGAGCUAGCUGUAGGAGUGAUCUUCUUGUCUCUGACUGUGAUUGGAGUUCUGGGGAAUUUCUCUCUUCUCUACCAUUAUCUGUUUCUUUACCGAAUAGGGUACAAGUUAAGGUCCACAGACUGGAUUCUAAUGCACUUGAUGGUAGCCAACAUCUUCAAUCUAUUGUGUAAAGGAAUGCCCCAGACAAUGUCAGCUUUUGGUUCAAAAGACUUCCUCAAUGAUAUUGGAUGCAAAUUGGUUUUCUCUUUUCACAGAGUGGGCAGGGGUGUGGGUAUUGGCAGCACCUCUUUCCUCAGUGUCUUUCAGGCCAUUGGGAUUGGCCUCAGAGACUCCAGGAGUUCAGACCUUAAAGUCAAAACACACAAGUGCAUUUGUUAUUCUGUGUACCUGAGCUGGCUACUUCAUUUCCUUAUAAGCAGUGUCAAUCUAGUGCACAUGAGGGCAAAACAUGGCAACGAAAGUACAGCAAACCUCAAAUCUUUCCUAUACUGUUAUUGGGUCCGUCAUGACAAAACCAGAGACAUAUUGUAUGCAGCAUUGCUGUCGACUCCUGACAUUCUUUUUCUGGGGCUCAUGCUAUGGGCCAGCAGCUAUAUGGUUCUCACGCUGUAUAGGCACAAGCAGAUGAUGAAACAAAUGCCCAGGAUUAAUAUGUCUUCAAGAUCUUCCCAUGAGUCCAGAGCCACCAAAACCAUCCUUCUCCUGGUUAGUACCUUUGUUUCUUUUUAUACACUUUCCUCCCUCUGUCAACUCUUUGGUACUCUGGUAUACAAACCCAGCUGGUCUCUGGUGAAUGUCACUGCAAUGGCCUCCCUGUUUUUCCCGACUGUUUGUCCCUUUCUGCUCUUGAGCCGUGAUUCUCGGGUGUCCAUCUGUUUUCCCUUAAAAAGUAAUAAACAUUUCCCCAAUGUCUCUGACCAACAGCUGAACUGAAAGUUUGUUCACAGUCCUUAGUUGUUACUGAGUCAUUCAGAAAGAAUUGUGAGCAUAAUUAGUCACACCAUGUGAGUGUGCAGGUUUUUGCAAAAAAAGCCUGUAAAUUACUGUGCAUGGAGAUGUGCUUGCAUACACACAGGCUCACACAUAUGUGUAAUUGAGUAUGUCAUUUUGUGUGCAAGUAUGGGAAAACUGCAUUGUCUUUAUCAUUAUGAAUCAAGGUAUUUAUCUGGAUGAUCAUGUAAUAUAUAUAAAUUAAAAAGGAUCAUGAAAAUGUGAAUUUUAGGUACCAAGUUAAGGUGAUUGUUAAAAAUUACUAUUGUGAUGUGAUUUCUGCCUGUUUGGGUGACUGACACUGAAAUAAAUGAAAGAACUUUUAAACUUCUAUAGCUGAUGUUUUCCUGACUCUUGAAUUCUAUGCUACACUCCAUUGUUUUAGAACAGAAGGUGAAAUUAUGCCCAUGAUUUACUGUACCUCUUGUACUUACGUUAUAUUGUGUAUUUUUCCUUCUCUUGCACACUGUUUAUAAAUGCAGAUUUGUGCCUUUAACACCUUUCAAUUUUCAAGUUACCUCCUUAAAGCACAAUAAUAUUUGUACACUGUACACAGCUCUGAAUGCAUUUUCAAAAUGGAAACUAAUGUAAUCAGAAUCAAACUUGAUGGGAGAUGCCCAUCUCAAAACUAUCCAAAAUGGAAGCACAGAGUGAACUCACUGCACAGAUCCCCUUAACUAAUUCUCAAUUCACAGGAACGAAAUAUUUCUUUGUGUAGUAUUUAUAUUUGACUUUUAUAAUUUUCUGUAAUUAUCUCUAUAUUCCUAUACAUUGAUGACAGAAUUCAAAUGUGUGAAAAUUAAAGAGUAAACAUGGGUCUUUUUUUGCUCAGUGAACAGAAGAAGUCUCAGGAGUUAAGAAUGUGCAGUGUUUUCAUAAAGCCUAGAGUUGUGAUCCAAGCAUCUACAUUCUUCAACUCGCUGUUCCCUGUAUCUCCAGGUUUAGUGGAGCUGAAAUCCUCUUCUGGUUUCCACAGGCAUUGUACACAUGUGUUGAAAUUAGACACAACUGAACAUAAUUUAACAACUAAAAGUAAAUCUUAGAAACCCUUUGAUAUAUUUGUUGAUCCACAUGCUCUGUGGUUGGUACAUGGUCCAAUAUCUCCUGGGCACAUGUGCUAGAAACUUGAUUACCAGUGUUGUGAUGUUGAGGUGGAAGAAACACCCCACAUUUUAGCUACCUCUCACUGCCUAUCUUUCCAGGUGUACUCUUGUGAAUCACUUCUCCAACUACAAUGAUUUUAUGUGCUCUGAGGUUUCACUAUAGCUAGUCAGAUUAAUCUUCAUACUUGCUACUUUUUUUCAGGAAUAACCCAAGCUUCUGAAUUUUUUCAAGAGACAAAGAAUGGUUAAAUAAAUGUUUUUUUUUUUGAAUAUGAAGUAUCAUGCAUGGAUGGACACUGACAUGUAGAUCUUCCAAGAUAUUCUUAUGGUAGUUGUAUGAACAAUUUCUAUGUGCACACUUGUCAGUUCAACAGUAAUUCAAUUUCAGAAUGGAUAUAAAUAGUUUUUACAUAUUAUUCUGUAAUUCUCAGCACAGUAUAUGCUCUUGUUUAAAAACGCCGUGUCAUUCAUAAGUUUUUUCUUGGUUAAAAAUACGUCAUUAUACUAGCUCUACCUUGUUUUUCUUUUUAUUUCUUUUAAAACACCAAGACAGAAGGAAAAUAUUGUUUCCCUGGAUGAGUCCCCAAUUGGUUUUACAACAAUUUCUCAUCCCUGAAUCACAUACAUAAAAGCAACACCAAAUAGAUUGAGUAGGUUUUAUUUAUAUAUCUGUGUGUGUGUGUGUGUGUGUGUGUGUGUUUAUAAAGAAAAUGAUCUCAUUAAUGGA